GUAAACGUUUCACACCCAGUCCUUUGACCUGGUGUCACAGCUAUGGUUACAGGCACCUUCAAGCAUGGACUACAGGCCCUCUGGGCUGAUAGGCCGAGUCAGGCCGAGCCAGCACACGUGUGGUAAAGAUGAGCUGGGUCAGCCAAUGGUGGAUAAAGUCAGACAUCAACAAUUAGAAAACAUCUCUCACACCAGUACUUGCAUGUUUUUGAUUAUAAUUUUUCAUUAGCAGGCUUGAAAUCUUACGUAUUUAUGUGCUCACAAUAUUCAGAAAGCAAAGCUCACAAACAAAUCACCAACUAACGGACACAUGAACCUGGGACCUCGGUUGGUUUCUUGAUUUUGGGUUAAAUAGUGGGCGUGGCCAGGGGGCCGAAUACAACAUUUCUCUUCUAUUGAAGUCCCUUUUUUGAGAGUUGUUUACAUUAUGAACGCCAUGUGACUUACAUGUUGAAUCAUUGACUAGGUUUCCAUGAUGUAUUGGGGCUGUAAACAGGGCAUAGUGAUAAUACAUUAUUAUUACUAUUAUAAAACAAUAGAACAUGUCUUUAUUGCCAGGAGUCAUUGGUCAUAAUCAUACAGACGGUCGUCGUACAGCGGUGCCAGUGUUGCCAGGUCCGCGGUUUUCCCGCGGAAUUGGGCUACUUUUGAAGUGUUGCCGCGGGUUGAAUUUUUUGUCCGCUGGUUCGGGUAGACCUAUUUUGCAUGCAAAUUACAUGAAUAUCGUUAAAUAAAAAUCCAUAUUUUAAAUGAAAUAAUUUAUUUAUACCCAAAUCCUACCAAACGGACUCCAGAUCAGCACGUACACACAUGGACAUGGGACACGGCCACAUACACACUUUAAAAGCAGUGUAUAUGGUUUGGCACGGGCAUAUUUUGAGUUCUGAUAUUGGGCUGGUUGUCACACAACCUGGCAACCCUGAGCGGUGCUCUCUGUCGCCCCCUGCUGGCCGCAGUCGGCGUUUCCUUCUAUUAUUUUCCACUCAGUUCCUCGCAGUUUAAAAUGGCGGCGUUGAGCAGCGCCGAGUCCCCACCGCCCGUCUUUAACGGAGACACCGCGGAGCGGGAGCCGGGCAGGGAGCCGGGCAGGGAGGAGCUGGGUGCAGGGCCGGACUCCUGCUGCAUGUCGGGGAUCCCCAGAGGUCCGCAGGAUGAGGAGAUCUGGAAUAUUAAACAGAUGAUAAAGUUGACACAGGAACACUUGGAGGCCCUUCUGGACAAGUUUGGAGGCGAACACAACCCUCCUUCCAUAUAUCUAGAGGCCUAUGAGGAGUACACCAGUAAGCUGGACGCCCUGCAGCAGAGGGAGCAGCAGCUGCUGGAGGCCUUGGGCAACGGCACAGACUUCUCCUGCUCUCCGUCUGCCAUGCCCGCCCUUCUGGAGGUCCACAUGGGAGAUUGUGGGGUCGCUGGGGGGGCUCAGGCCUUUCCCUCAGCCCCCAACUCCUUGGCCGUCCUGCAGACCCCCGUCGACGCCAGCCGAGCCAACCCUCGCUCUCCCCAGAAGCCCAUCGUCAGGGUCUUCCUGCCCAACAAACAGAGGACAGUGAUACCCGCUCGCUGUGGAAUGACCGUGAGAGACUCUCUGAAGAAAGCGCUGAUGAUGCGAGGCCUCAUCCCAGAGUGCUGUGCAGUCUACAGGGUGCAGGACGGAGAGAAGAAGCCGAUUGGCUGGGACACGGACAUCUCCUGGCUGACGGGAGAAGAGUUGCAUGUAGAAGUGCUGGAGAAUGUUCCGCUCACCACACACAACUUUGUGAGGAAGACCUUCUUUACGCUGGCCUUCUGUGACUUCUGCAGAAAGCUGCUCUUCCAGGGUUUCCGCUGUCAGACCUGUGGCUACAAGUUCCACCAGCGCUGCAGCACGGAGGUUCCCCUCAUGUGCGUCAACUACGACCAACUCGACUUGUUGCUCGUGUCCAAGUUCUUCGAGCAUCACCCGUUCACCCAGGAGGAGGUCUAUUCAGACGGAACCGCCCCCGUGUCCGAGGCCUGUCCGUCACUCCCCCCGUCGGACUCCACCGGUUCUAUAUGCCACGCCACCGCGUCCCCGUCCAAGUCCAUACCCAUCCCACCCAGUUUCCGGCCCAACGAGGAGGACCACCGCAACCAGUUUGGCCAGCGGGACCGCUCGUCCUCGGCCCCCAACGUCCACAUCAACACCAUCGAGCCCGUCAACAUCGACGACCUGAUCCGAGAUCAAGGCUUGCCGCGGUCUGAUGGAGCCCCCCCGACCCACCCCGCCCGCUGCUUGAGGAAGCACCGAACACGGACCUCAAGCCCCCUCCUAUCCUCCUACCCCAAUGACAUAGUGUUUGAUUUUGAGUCCGAGCCUGUUUUCCGAGGUUCCACCGCAGGGCUCUCGGCCACGCCUCCCGCCUCUCUACCCGGCUCUCUGACAAAUGUCAAGGCUCCGCAGAAGUCGCCGUGCCCACAGAGGGAGCGCAAGUCCUCGUCCUCGUCCGAGGACCGCAAUAAGAUGAAAACCCUGGGGAGGCGGGACUCCAGUGACGACUGGGAGAUCCCAGAGGGUCAGAUCACUCUGGGUCAGCGGAUCGGCUCCGGAUCAUUUGGAACGGUCUUCAAGGGGAAGUGGCACGGUGAUGUGGCAGUGAAGAUGUUGAAUGUCACUGCUCCCACACCACAACAGCUUCAGGCCUUCAAGAAUGAAGUGGGAGUCCUCAGGAAAACGCGCCACGUGAACAUCCUGCUCUUCAUGGGCUACACCACCAAACCUCAGCUGGCCAUCGUGACCCAGUGGUGCGAAGGCUCCAGCCUGUACCACCACCUGCACAUCAUCGAGACCAAGUUCGAGAUGAUCAAGCUGAUUGACAUCGCCCGGCAGACCGCUCAGGGCAUGGACUACCUGCACGCCAAAUCAAUCAUCCACAGAGAUCUGAAGAGCAACAAUAUUUUCCUCCACGAGGAUCUGACGGUGAAGAUCGGUGACUUCGGUCUCGCUACAGUCAAGUCCCGCUGGAGCGGCUCCCACCAGUUUGAACAGCUGUCUGGCUCCAUUCUGUGGAUGGCCCCGGAGGUGAUCCGGCUGCAGGACAAGAAUCCCUACAGCUUUCAGUCGGACGUGUACGCGUUCGGCGUCGUGCUGUACGAGCUCAUGUCGGGAGCACUGCCCUACUCCAACAUCAACAACAGAGACCAGAUCAUAUUCAUGGUGGGCCGAGGUUACCUGUCUCCCGAGCUCAGCAAGGUGCGCAGCAACUGUCCGAAGGUCAUGAAGAGGCUGAUGGCCGACUGCCUGAAGAAGAAGAGGGAGGAACGCCCUCUCUUCCCUCAGAUCUUGGCGUCCAUCGAGCUGCUGGCUCGCUCAUUACCCAAAAUCCACCGCAGCGCCUCGGAGCCGUCGCUAAACCGAGCCGGCUUCCAGACGGAGGACUUCAGCCUGUACGCCUGCGCCUCGCCCAAAACCCCCAUCCAGGCCGGCUGCUACGGGGAGUUUUCGGCGUUUAAGUAGUAAUCUGCUGCCCCCACGUCCAUCUCUCUCUCCGUCACUUCUCAAGUCUCGUGUCCAUGCGGUGGAUUCAUUCAUUAGAAACAAACUGGGGGGAAUAGUCUCAAAGAAUGCGCUUUAUUCUUCCUCCGUCCACCUGAGGAAGUCGGCCUCGCUGGAGUCCACUUCCAACAAAAAGCCGUCCAGCAGGCAAACGGGCGACACACCCGCCACUCCAUUAGGAACCACACGACACAACCGAGGGCCUCGAGUCGCCCCUCGUCCCAUCGUUUCCUCUGCAGGCGCUGGACAGCAGAAACGGGGCCGUGCAAAGAGGCGUGGCCUGCCGUCCAGCGGUUGAGAUGGAAGGCGUUGGCCGAUCCCAGAGAAGAGCCUGAAGUUACUCGGCGCGGUUAACCCCCGAAAUAAUGUUCUUUUUUCUUCUUCUUUUUUUCAUGUUUCCGAUUAGUUUUUUUCUGAGAAGAAAGGUUUCUUUUCCAGGUUACAUGUCGACAUUCUGCAAAAUACACGACGUUCAACACCCACGAGGACGCGGCAACAGCAGUUUCAUCUCCUGACAUGUAUAUCUUUUGUUCUACCUUUUCUCAAACCUGCAAAAUGUAAACAGGAAUCUGGUAGAAGAGUGUUCCUGUUCCUCCGCCGGAAAACAGAAGGCGUUCCUUGGGAAGGAAAACUGCUCCUAAUUGUUCGGUGGCAUUGGAUCCUCCCCCCCCCCCCCCCCCCCCCCCGGAGGGUCGAAGCCAACCAAUCAGACGCUUGUUAAUUAGCCAGCUUCAGCCACGCUCUGCCUUUUCGGGAGGUUCUCGCGUCGAUGUGAAGCGCGACGUGUUCUGCGACCGCGGGAUCCGUUUACAGCGGGAAACGCCGAUGAGUUUGGUUCCUCGCGGCGUCUUUAAAGCGCCCGGUCAGAGCCGCGCGGCCGGCCUCCACGCGGAGCGACGGAGUGUGUACAGUAAGUUGAGACACGGCAGCUUUUACGAAAAAAAGCUUUUUCUUUCGCUUCACACCCAACCUCUCAUUUCUUUUUUUCCUUUUUUUUGUUGUAAUACCAAUUUUUGCAUGUCCCCCCCCCCCCCCCCUCAUGUGGCUUUAAUAUUGCACUCAGCGUAACAAUGGGGACCUCGCUUGUAGCUGCUGACCGAUGGCGCCGCAGGUUACCUGUGAUUAUCUGGAGAGGAAAAGUUUGAAAUGUUAUUUACAUUCUCUCCAAACUUGCACCUGUACUUUUUUUUCAUCUCUUUUUUUUUCAUUCCAGUGUGUGUGUGUGUGUUGAGGGUUGCCGGUAUUAUUACAGGUUUAUUUUUCCUUUUGCUAUAGUCGGUGUUUGCCUUUUUUUCUGUACAGGCAGGCCUGCAGACAUUUAGUUAUUUGUGAUUUUUUUCGUUGUUGUAAUUUUAUUUAAUGGGAUUUAUUUUCAGCUUUUAUUCUGAAGCUAUCGGUCUUUCUUUUUGACGCUUGUUUAAGUCUUCGUGACUCGUGUACUUGCACUUUGUAGAGAUGGAUAGAAGCAAAUGAGCGACUUGCCUUUUCUUUGUUUUUUUAUUGAAGAAUAAAUUGUGACAUACAGAGCUGAUGACCCAAAAUGAAAUGUCCAACACGCGAGCCGUCUGCGGGGGCGGAGCUGUGAAUGUUUGAGAGCGGUCUUCUGUAACCUUUACCUGCAGUGAUGGAGACGGCUGGUCUGAGAAAUGGAUAUUGUGGAGCUGAACAUCUGACAGAUUGGUUCUUCCCAUCAUCACGGAGUUAUGUCUUUCCAUCGUCGCCCCCCCCCCCCCCCCCCCCCAGCGGCCAUGUAAUCGGACAUUUUGUUGCCUCUCAUCUUUGUGCGUACAGGACGGAGAUGUGGGGAGUUUAGCGUAGCUCAGCACAAAGAGUGGAAGCGGGGUCAGAGCUAGCCCUGACCGGGGGGGCACUGAAUGCACAAAGAUGAUGUUUCUAUUGACGUCAUAUAACCCAGAUUAAGAAGCAUAUCCUUUUUUGGCUGUUUUUUUCCCGCUCGUCUGAAAACUACGGUGGCCUUUGGGUAAAAAUGUGCAGCGCUCUCACGAUAGAGUUGGGUGUGUCCGCUCUAGGCUGCCGUAGAAACACUUGUUGAGCACGCGCUGGUGUUCGGUGGACCUGGUUCCACCCCGAGCGUCUUAGGGCUUCCAACCCACUCUUGACUUCCACUGGUAUGCAGGUUAGGGUUAGGACGAUGUACAACGGGAUAUUGUGAGGCCUUUUCGUGAAAUAUGACAUAUCCCUCAGUCGUGUAACGCCUCUGAUGUAACCGAGGUCUUCUCUAAAGAAUCCUGAGCCGACACGUCGACGGCCCCCUCCAAGGAGAUGAGCUUGUUCGGGUUGUAAAGGAGACUUUGAGUCACUAGAGAUGAGAGUAUCACAUUUUCUCGGUCGUGACAUUUUGGAAUCAGUAAAAAAAAUUUUUACAAAUAGCCCAAUGAUACUGGUACUGACAAAAGGAUGAGGUCAUGUGGGCAAGAAAAAGAUUCUUGAUUUCAUCAUUGAAAUUGCGGCUUUUUCAAUUUGUUUUUCUUCAAUAUAAUUCUGAUUCAAACCUAGAUUUAUAUAUUUUAGUUUUCUGAUCUCGGAGCAGCUUUAGUCUUGAGAGUGAGCGAGCGUUCCAAGGACUUCCCGUACAUUUCUGUAUCGGCUUGAAGACGUGUUCACGAAGUUUAAGCUCAACUCAAGCUUGACUUAUUUGCUUGUUCUAGAGCUUUUGAUCUUGGGGAAGUAGUGUCUCUGUCGUCACCCCCCCCCCCCCCCCCCCCGGUUCAGACUUCACACCCUUGUUCACCUGACGGACCUGAGGAGGACCGGUCUCUCCGAGCGUUGUAUUUAUUUGUUUUCCUUCUACUAGUAUCUGCCGAGUCUUCAUAGAAUCUUUAGGAGUAAACACUGAGGCCGCCGCACACCCGUCUGUCUCCUCUUCGUCCGAAACCCCCUUUUCUGUUCUCUAGUUUCCGUUUCUCUUCUGAAGCACCCUCCUCAGACCCGACUGUAACGGGCGGAAAGCGACUUCACGGAGACCCGUUUCUCUGAUUUUGGGUUAUUUUUCACCUGUAAAUAGUUGUACAAAGGAGACGCACUGUCUGUUUGCUCGGAGGCAUGGAGACUACAAAUGUAACGAAUUAUAAAAUGUUCAAAAUAAAAGAGAUGGGAAGAUUAAAAGACAUUUUGAUAGGCAGACUUCUGUGAGAGAGAAACAAGUUGAGUGUAAAAAUAUUUAAGGCUGUAUCAUAAGGAGAAAGAGCUUCAUGUAUUUGUUGUGAAUAUGAAAAACUGAUAUAUUAAAGAAGUGCAUGAAAACUGUA